AUGACUGAUUGGUUUAAACCAAGGGAUUUAGAAAAUUUCCGACAAAAUGCUAUUGCAUGGCGUAAUUGCAAAACAAAAGAUAAAAGAAAUCAGCAUAUUUCAAAUAAUCUUGUUAGGUGGACAGAAUUGUUAAAAUUACCCUACUUCAAUCCAAUCAGACAUUGCGUCGUAGACCCAAUGCAUAAUUUAUUUCUCGGAAUUGCCAGUUGGAUUGUAAAACGUUUAUGGAUUGAUAGAGGAAAAAUAUCUAAGAACGAUCUUAAAAUUAUGGAAAAACGAGCGGAAGCUAUUAAACUGCCAGCCGACAUGGAACAUUAUGGUGAAAAUUUAAUUACACCAAAUAUACACCUUUCUUUGCAUAUAGCCGAAUGCUGUUGUGACUAUGGUCCAAUAUACUCUUUUUGGUGUUAUUCGUUUGAACGAAUGAAUGGGAUCUUAGGUUCCUAUCCCAAUUCAAAACGAUAUAUUGAACCGGAAUUGCUAAGAAUUAUUGUGCAGAAUUGCAGAAUCAAUGAUCUUAUAUCUAUUCAAUCGGGCAAAAAGAAGCUUGUUAAUGGUCAUAAGUUAAUUGAACCUCGGCAAACAACUGGUUCAUUAGCAGCAUAUGAUGACCUCAGAUCAAAAAAAUUAGUGCAGUUAAAACGGAUUUUCUGCAGCAAAUUAGAAGAUAAGAUCACUGGCAGUGAAAUUUAUCCAGGCAAUUUAUUAAGUCCAAUUAAAAACCGUGUUGAUUUACCCGACAAUUUGUAUGAACAGUUGAUUACUUAUUAUAAUGAAGUUUAUGGUGAAAAGAUGGAUGUUGAAUUCGGCUCCAUGUCAAAUCUGAUCAGUCGAGGUUUACAGAAUGAUUCAUCCGCGCUAGCACCUCGAUAUAAGAAAAAUUCUUAUAUUUUAGCAAAAUUUACCCAAGAUAAUGAAUCGAUAGAAUUAUACCCAGGAAUGGUGCAAUUUUAUUUCAAGCAUGUAUUGCGACUUCCAACUAUUGGUGAAAGAACGCACAAACUUGCUUACGUCAAAUGGUACCUACCAGUGUUGGCAAAUUUUGAGGAUGAUGACCGCAGUGUUAAUAUUGAAUUCUGGAAACUUAAUGAAUUUUAUGAAAUGUCUUGUGAUAGUAUAAUUCCAAUUCAUAAUAUUUAUAGCCAGUUUAUUCCUACUAAUUUUACAAUUAGAACAAAUAACAAUAACAAUAACAGCAGAUGGAAGGCGAAAACUUAUAUGGCAGUAGUACUGAUUAAUAGGAAGUUCCAUUUAUAA